AUGCGGUCUCCCGCCUCGCCCCAUGCGCGUCAGCCCCCCCUCCUCCUCUUCCCUCCCACACACACACACUCUUCCCUCUUUCCCGCAUCCCAUUCUCCCCUCCUACCGUCUCCCCCCCCCCCGCGGCAGGUUGUUGCCGUACAGGGUCGUGCCCGCUCCUCCCGUAUGACGCUGCCGCACUUCACCGCCCACACGCCGAUGUUCAUGUCGGUUGGCACUCAGGGUUCGGUGAAGGGGCUGACCACGCAGCAGCUGGAGGAGCUGGACUGCCACGUCAUCCUGGGCAACACCUACCACUUGCAGAACCGACCUGGCAGUGAGCUGGUGGCGGAGAUGGGGGGCCUGCACGACUUCAUUAACUGGCCCAGGGGUAUGCUCACCGACAGCGGUGGCUUCCAGAUGGUGUCCCUGCUGCACCUGGCGGAGAUCACGGAGCAGGGGGUGACCUUCCAGAGCCCCGUGGACGGCAGCACCCUGCUGCUCACCCCGGAGGAGUCCAUCGCCAUUCAGAACCGGCUGGGGGCGGACAUCAUCAUGGCGCUGGACGACGUGGUGCCCACAACAGCCAACGACCCCGCUCGUUUCGAGGAGGCCACCCACCGCACCACCCGCUGGAUAGACCGCUGCCUGGCCGCACACUCCCGGCCGCACGAGCAGAACCUGUUUGGGAUCGUACAGGGGGGCCUGGACCCGCGACUGAGGGAGAUAAGCAUGCAGGUGGGUAGUAAAAGGGGGAGGUCUGGGGUGGGGUGGGGCGGGGUGGGGUGGGGUGGGGAGUCUGGGGACGACUUCUGGCGGGUGGUGUCCCAGUGUACGGCAGGUCUUCCCGCCGGCAAACCCCGCUACGUGAUGGGGAUUGGCUACCCUCUGGACAUUGUCGUGUGUUCGGCGCUGGGGGCGGACAUGUUCGAUUCGGUGUACCCUACCCGGACUGCCCGAUUUGGUGUGACACUAGUGCCCGAGGGUACUCUCAAGCUCAAGAACUCCAUUUAUGCGCGGGACUUCCGGCCCCUGGACCCCGGCUGUAGCUGCAUGGUGUGUCAGCGCUACAGCCGGGCCUACCUGCACAAUGUGGUGACCCGGGGGGCCAUAUCCUCCGCCGCCAUACUGGUGACGUACCAUAACGUGGCGUAUACUCAGUCACUGACACGAGGCAUGAGGCAGGCCAUCGAGGAGCAGCGCUUCCCCGAGUGGGUUCGGAACUACUUGAAGACCAUGUUUCCCAAGGGCGAUGUCCCCGGCUGGGUGCGGGACGCCAUGGCGGCUGCGGACGUCAGUUUGGAGGGGGUGGUGGCGGAGGACCUACCAUCACCACCACCGUCAACAGCUCUUGCUGCUGCUGCUGCUGCUGCUACAGCUGCUGCUGCUCCCUCCCCCGCCCCACCGGCCGAGCAGUAG